AUGCCGAAAGAAUCUUUCGAUUGUUUGUUAAUUAAUCCAAAAUCUUCAACACAAAAUCUAUCAACUCAAACAAAAUUGAUAACUUUGAAUCCGUUGAAUAUUAUCAUUGAACAUGGAACGGGAGAAACUGUCAAAACCAUGGAAAUAAAGUGAGUUCGGCAAAAUCUACUUCUAUGAAAAUUCUAAUUUUAAUAGAAAUGUCUAUCCGUGCCGCGUUGCUUAUCGAAUUCUUUGCAAUGGUCCAACUCGAUAUGUUAUUUUUCCAAAUAAAGGAUUCAUAGGAAUCGCCGAAAAAAUCACAAUAAAAAUUACUCUUCUUGACACUUUGAAAUAUCAAUCAAAUCAUGCAUUUAUUGUUCAAGCUAUGCCUGCUCCUGGUGAUUUCGCAGAUCGAAAAGCAGUUUGGAUGAAUCCCCAACAAUAUAAUAUUUUGGGAAUUAUGACAAAUACGAGAGUUAGAACAAUGUUAGUUAAAAAAUGUAUUUUUCAUAUAUGAUUUCUUUUUUUCAGGAGACCUGCAGUUCAACCUCUCAAUAUUGCAAGUUCUACAACUACUUCAAUCUCUUCUUCAGCAGCGUCUUCUACUUCCGAUGUUCAUACCGCACCAUCAAAUCCAAAUGAUUCUUCAGCAAAAUCUAGUCCCCAAAAAAGUGAGGCCAUUGAAGAAUUGACUGCAAAAGUUAGAAAAUCUGCGGAAGAAAAAUCAAACUUGACAAAUGAAAUGGUGAAGGUUGUAAAUGAGAUAAAAUCGAUUGAAGUGGAUCUUGAUCGUCAAACUCAACUUGUUAAUGAAUUAAAUGAUCGUAUCAAAAAUGGCGAGGGACAAUAUACAAAUUUAGUUUUGCGCGAAAAUAUUCUGAAAGAGGAAUUGGAAAUUGCUCGACAAAGAAUGAGAAUGUUGAAUAGAAAACAACAAUAA